GAUUACAGAGAUCUCUGUAAUCUGUGGUUACAACCUCAAAUAUUUUUUAAUUUAAAAAGUUUUAUAUGAUUUGGAUAUAGUGAUAUAUAGUUCCCUAUAUCGAAAAAUAUCAAUAUCUAUUAAGGUAAUUUUCCGUUAUCAACUUCUGAAAUGCCUGUUAUUUGCAAAGUAUGUCUAUUGAAAUUCUCAUCGAAGAAAUUGCUAAUGCAGCAUCAUAUGAAAAACCAUUUGAGACAUGUACGGUGCACAAUAUGUUUCUUGAGAUUUCCAUCGUUGGAAAUUUUGGGUGAACAUUACAUAAAGAGACAUUGCAAACGCAGGAUAGCAAAACAGUUAAUUAAAUAUUCUUCACAUUGUACUGUGCGGCCAUUUAGUUGGGUGAAAACCAAGAAAAAAAUUGAACCCCUUAAUGAAAGAACAAAUGGUUCACGGAGAGUUGAAAAAUUAUAUAUUGAAGAUAAUAUUCAAAUCACAUAUGGCAACAAAGAAAUAACUAUUGAAUUAUGUAGUGACAAUGAAGAAUCUUUGGAAUUAAGUAUAGAUGAUAUACCUAGCAAUUCAACUAAGUAUGAAGAAAUUCCACCAAAACAGACAUUUCCUUUGAAGGCUUUCAUUUAUGAUAAUAAUUCAAAUUGUAUGUUAGAAGUCAUUAAACCCAAUGAAAAGCUUCUUCUUGUUCCAGAAAAAUCUAAGGAAAAUAAAUUGAAGAAGAGAGUAGCAAGAAAUAAAAAACCAAUAAAGCAUUAUAAACGGUUCUGUCUAGAGUUUGUGAAACCUGAUGGUCUAAAAUCUUUAGAUCAUAAAACUGGAGAAUUUUACAUUUGUGAUUGUAGUCGAAAAGAGGAACCUGAUACUGAUAAAGAGGAUAUAAUAAUGGUUACUUCUGAUACAGAGUCAUCAUCUGACAAUGGAAAAUACUCAUUUUAUCCCAUUCUUGACAAAAAAGUAUACUGUACUAUAUGUGGAAAUGGAUAUAGAACUAAGAGUAAAUUGAUAGAGCAUAGAAAACUCCACAAUUUUCAUUGUCAAACUUGUAAUACACAUUACCUCACUCAAAAGCAAUAUAGUGAACAUAUCAAAAACCAUGUGACUAUCUAUUGUUGCCAUAUAUGUAAUCUGGAAUUCAUUCAUAAAGUUCACCUUCUGAAUCACCUGAAUAUACAUCAAGAACAAGAGAUUAUGAGAAAUAUUUUAGAAAUGGAACAAAAUUAUAAUCACUAUUUAAUUAAUUUCAACUCUGAAACGUAUGCAACCAGUAUAAAUAAUAUCGCAUCCUUCUUAACGCAGAGCUGUGAUUAUAAAUAUAGCCACAUUCAGUUCUAUAAAAUCCGAUGUCAUUUAUGUUUCAUGGAUUUUUUCAAGUGCGAUUUUCAACAACAUUUGAAAAUGCAUUAUUAUUACAAAAAUCCUAGAUCCUAUUUCACAAACUCCGUAGGCUAUUCUUGCCUAGAGUGAUAUUGUUACAACAGUAUUUUUUCACGAAUUUAUUCAAUUUUUGUUUUUAUUUUACUUGAUUUUCUGACAUAUUUAUAUUAUCAAUUGUUAAUUUUUUUCUUAUUUUUUAAUAAUAUUCUCAUGGAUUCAACAUAUUUGAAUUUGAGUUUAGUUCAUAUAGACAAAUCCAGGGUAUAAGAACUGUGAUAGAAGAAGUCCUAAUUUCCUACUAUGAGUGAUAUUUACAAAGAAUAUUUGUUAUGUUGCUAUUUUUUGUUAAUAUAAAAUUUGGGAUAGAAUAUGAUGUUCAUUUUA